CAGAAGGCGUCCGUGGUGUUCGGUUCGCGAGUCGCGCAUCCGUAUCAGAUUUUUUUCAAAAUUAAUUAAUGAAUUUUAAUUAAUUAAAUGUAUUCCCAGUAGAGCUUAUAUCAUUUAGCCAACAAAAUGCUUACGGUCGCCGGAAUGAUUGGCUAAGUCUGCGAGCCGCGGCAGUGGCAGAACAGCAGCAGCGACUGCGGCAAAGUGUGUGUUGAAAGUGGAGAGAGAAAAAGUCUCAGUAAAAAGAAAAAACCGAAAAUUUUUAACAAGUUUUAGGUUUGUAGAUGCGGCAGUUGAAAAAUUGCGCUAAAAGAAAGUGACGCUAGCCAAAAGCAGCAAAUGAAUUGUUAAAUAUGAUCAACAAAAUACAAGCAGUCAAUUUUUAAGUUGUAAAUGUGUUGUGUCUGUGCCUCCGUUGUUGUGUGAGCGUGUGUGUGUACGUUUCGUGUAUCGGUGUGCGUUUGUGCCUGCGUGUAAGUGAAAUAAAAAAGCAAUUGUAAAUGAGUGCGCGAAGAAGUUGUGAAGUGGCGGCAGCGACUGCCAAGCCCAAAACUUCAGUCAAGCAUUUCGAGAAGGAACGCUAAAAUAUAUAUGAAUAUAUGUAUAAAAAAAAGAAAUUAAACCAAAAGUGCAAAUGACGACAGUCCCAACACGUUGGCAAAUUAAAUAAAAGUAAAAACAUAAAUACGUAAGUGAACAGCGGUCGGCAGUUCCAGGUGGUCAGCGAACAACACCAACAACAACACACACCCGCACAGGGAGCGGCUAUAGCAGCAACAGAAGCAGAGGCAGAGCAGCAGCAGAAGCAGAAGGCGACAACGACAGCGUCAGCGUCGCUCAAUGACCGAGGAAUUGAAAGUGGUGCUGCGUCGCAGUAGCAGCGAGCAGCAUUCCGGUUUCGGGUUUUCGCUGCUCGGCACAACUGGACCGCCGCAUGUCAUCUACGACAUUGUCGAGAAUUCGCCGGCUGCCGAUUGCGGUGCGGUUGAAGCUGGCGACGUUAUUCUAAAAGUCAAUAACAUCGAUGUGCAUCGCUAUACAACGAAGGAAGUGCUCAAAUGUCUAAGGCUGUCGGAGAACUUAGUAACCUUGGAGCUGAAACGAGAUCCCAAGUUGAAGGCGCGCAUUAAAGAGCAGUUGGCCAACACGCAGAGUCCGCAUUACGUGGACAUUGAAUCUCCCAUCAACAUCUACGAUUACAGCAGCAGUGCGAACGCCUCUCCGAAGCAUCAGCGUCAUCACAAUAGGGGCGCAACCCCGCCCACAAAUGCUGGUUCGCCGGCGCUGAAAUAUAAGUCGCCCACGCAUUUGCCUUCGUUGCGCCAGAAUUCGCCGACAACAACGGGAAUACAAACAAUUGCCGCAUCGUCAACAACAACAACAUCGCACACACACAGUCGCAACUCAUCCGCCAGCUCGACCAAGAUUCAAAUGGUGGAAUCGACAACGAUCACAACAAGCAUAAGCAACAGCAACAUUGCCACAUCGCCAACAGCUGGAGGUGGAGGUGGAGACGCCACCUCGCCGACAUUUCGACCCUCACGCAUUCCACAAGCUCUCAAAUCGGUUGCUGCCCCCAAGCAGAUGCCACAAGUGCAGUCGCCACAGCAUAAGCGUCCACGGCCAUCACAGAUCCCAACAAAAGCAGCCAACGGCAACGGAUUGCAGCCUCCGCUCCAGCAUUCAAACAGUUACAGCGGCAGUCCGGCCGUUAACCGGCAACGUUUUACGGAUCGGGAGCCAGAGCCGGAGCCCAAUUCGGCACCGCCUCAGCCAGCAAAGGCGCCACGCUUUGAGGCAUAUAUGAUGACUGGUGAUCUGAUAUUGAAUCUAUCAAAAACGCCCCAAUCCAGCAGUUUACUCACGGCCCAAGCCAAGAAGGUGGACAGUUUGCGAGAUUUUCCCAAACGCAAUCUGGCGAAUGCACGUGCCAAUGGCGCUUUAGCACCACGUGCCUCUGGCGAAUCGUCGCCGACAUCUUCCUCAUCGGUGGACUCGCCCACCAACACGGCCAGCUCGGAUUCGGUGAAACGGGACGCCAAGCUACAGCGUUGCCAACAGCAGCAGCAGCAACAGCAACGUGACAGCAUCAACAAUAGCUAUAAUCGUAGGGACUCGUUGACCAAUGAUACGUUGCUGAUGUGUGAGGAACUGGAGCGGGAUGAGGAUGCCACAGUUGAUUACGAUGACAAUAAACGGCAGCAGCAACGGCAACAGCAGCAGCAGCAACAACAGCAACAGCGCUAUCGACAACAACAACAUCAGCAGCAGCAACAACAACAACAGCGUUAUGAAUACUACCAAAACGAGGAUGAACUGGAGGCAGAUCCAGAAGAACGGGAAGAGGAUCAAACACAUUACGACAUCACAAACAUCGAGACGUAUCAGAGUGGACUUGGACGUGGCGACGAGGACGACAGCGAUCGUCAGUGUCUGGUUGAUGAUGACGACGACGAUGAUUACAACGAGGAGGACAACGAUGCCGGCGAUGAGGAGUACUCGACAAAUUCACUGGGAUCUGGCACUGGCUCCGCUAAGCAGCGAAUGCGUGCGCUGAAACAACGUAGCGUUGUGAGGCAACAACAGCAAAGGAAUCGCGAUGCCAUCGAUUGUGCCGCACGUGCCACAGCUGGCUAUUCCGCCUCAACAUCCAACUCAUCCGGCACGGUUAAGAGCGAGGCUGUCUUGGGUCUGUGCCAAGACGAAACAUCCUUCUCAGUGCCAACAUCACCCAUUUCGCUGUCGGCGCCUCUCAUUGAUAAGGAGACGGCCAGUUCAGUGCCCACGAGUCCGGAGCCCAGUUCGUUGGCAGUCGAGUCGAGCAAUGCUGCCGCUGGCAGUGGUGGUGCCGUUGUGGUGCGACGCCACAAUGGGCAUGUGGUGCGGAAGUGCGAUGCUGCCGGUUUUCGCACCAGCAAAUCCGAGGAUCACCUGCAGCAGGUACAGCGCGAGGGCAUUGCGGCUGUGAUACCCAUCGAUAUUGAUGAGGACGUGAAUAGCUCGCUGAACACACUGCUGGAUACACGUCAUGACUCGGAGGAUUCGCAGGCAUCGAAUCGUGAUCGCAUCGUGUGGACUUACAAUGCGCCAUUGCAGCCGCAUCAGUUGCAACAACUGCAACAACAGCAGCAACUACAACAGCAGCAGCAGCAGCAACAACAACAAUACUACGGUCAGCAAUCGCAUUCAAAUUCACAUUCACAUUCAAGUUCCAUUAGUUCAUCACCACAAGAUUCGGCAGCCGGCAGUCCGGCCUCACCCACAUCGGUGUCCUCUUCGGUGAUGUCGUCGUCGGGCUCAAAGAGCGCACAUAAUCAACAGCAACAGCAGCAAAAUCAGCAGCAGCGAGAACAACAGCAGCAACAACAGCAGCGAGAACAACCAUCUGUUGCCAUGCCGGGUCUGUUGGGCUGCCCUAAUGGUGGUGGAGCUAAUGGUGCUGGUGGUGCUUGUGGUGGUAGUGGUAGUGGUGGUGGUGGUGGUGCUUAUAAUAAUGGUGGUGGUGGUGGUAGUGGUUUUGGCAACGAUCAAAGCGUCUCAGAGGCCAUUUCAAAUAUCUCUAGUCCCGACUAUCAAGACGACGAUAACUUAUUGAGUUCUCGCGAUAUUCUAGGCGGCAUGGUACUUAGCGAUCCCAGCGACUCGGACUCCACCAUCCUUGUCUCGGACGCGGCGGCACAGCAGCGACAACAACAGCAACAGAUCAAGCAACAAUUGCGCGCCCAACAACAACAGCGGGAGCGUGAUCGUGACCGUGAUCGGGAGCGUGAUCAGUCGGAGCACAAGUUGGUUAUACAAGUGCGGGGAAUGGACAAUAGCCAUACAAGCAACGUCACACGCUCCGAAGAUGAUGGCACAACAUUAACCGAGGAGCCAUUAACGGCAAUUGGAGCACGUGACGCCUCGCCGCCUGUUUCGGAUGAUGGCAGUGAUGUGGAGUCACUGCACUCGUAUCACUACUCGCCCAAGGCUGUGGACAUGCCCUCGGCCAUUCGACUGGCCAAAAGACUGUACUCCCUCGACGGUUUCAAGAAGAGCGACGUGUCGCGGCAUCUCAGCAAAAACAACGACUUUAGCCGCGCGGUGGCUGAUGAGUAUCUGAAGCAUUUUAAUUUUGAAAAGAAAUCUCUGGACCAGGCGCUGCGUGAGUUUCUGCAGCAAUUCUCACUGUCUGGCGAGACACAGGAGCGCGAACGUGUGCUCGUACAUUUCUCGAAACGAUUCCUUGACUGCAAUCCCGGCACCUUUAACUCUCAGGAUGCUGUCCACACGCUGACCUGUGCCAUUAUGUUGCUUAACACGGAUCUGCAUGGCCAAAAUAUGAAUCGCAAGAUGAGCUGCGCCGAGUUUGUGGAUAAUCUGGCCGAUCUCAAUGAUGGCGAGAACUUUCCCAAGGAUGUGCUCAAGUAUUUGUAUCAAGCCAUCAAAACAAAGCCAUUGGAAUGGGCGCUGGACGAAGAGCCGACUGAUCCUCAACAGCAGCGGGCAAACAACAAUAGUCCAUUGACUGGCGUCAGUCAAAAUCCCUUCCUGGAUGCACCCGAGUCCGCCACAGCCGUGGAGUAUAAAAAGGGUUAUGUGAUGCGUAAAUGCUGCUACGACACCAGCAACAAGAAAACACCCUUUGGUAAACGCUCUUGGAAAAUGUUCUUCAUCACACUGCGCGAUCUUGUUUUGUAUCUGCAUAAGGACGAGCACGGUUUUCGCAAGAGUCAAAUGUCUGACAAUCUGCACAAUGCAAUACGCAUACAUCACGCACUGGCCACCAUGGCCAAUGACUACACCAAGAAACAACAUGUGUUCCGGCUGCAAACAGCCGAUCAGGCCGAGUAUCUGUUUCAAACCAGCGACUCGAAGGAGCUGCACUCCUGGGUAGAGACCAUUAACUAUGUGUGUGCAGCAUUUUCAGCGCCGCCUCUAGAAGGUGGCGUCGGUAGCCAAAAGCGUUUUCAGCGCCCACUCUUGCCCAGUGCCCAGACAAAGCUGUUGAUGAAGGAGCAGCUGGAAUCGCAUGAGUUGCAGGUGGCACAGUUGAAGCAUGAGUUGAAGGAGCAUCAAAAGACGCCCGUGCCCAGCAAGGGAUUGCCGCUGCAGAACUUCAAGGAGAAGGAAAGUUACUUGCAAUAUGAACUGCGUCGCUAUGAAUCCUAUGUAAGCAUUCUGACCGCCAAGCUAAUUGCGGAUCAGCAACCUUUGGAGUUGCAAUGUCAGCAGGCAACGCAAGCAACGCUCGAAGAGGACGCAGAUACAUUCCCUGUGAGCACGGGCAGCACGCCCACAACGCCACAAAGUACUCAUACUCAACAGCAGCAGCAGCAGCAACAACAACAACAGCAGCAGCAACAGUUGCCGCAGUCAACCAACAGCAGAUGGUUCGACGGCGCCUGCUGUUGUCUUGCGCCCUGGCGGCAUUUACUCUCCUAUUUCCAAAGCCAUCAUUGAACAUUUGAAACAUGUAUACAUUUGCUUAGCAAACAAGAAAAAAAAUACAAACUGCACACAUACAACAAAACAACAUCAACAACCACGACAACAACAACUACAACAAGAGCAACAAUUGCACUUGGAAGGCACAACCUAUCUGCAACAACAACAAGAACAACUCUGUUAACUCUCUCUUAAAUGGCUCGCCCUAAAUAAAAGAAAAGAAAAAGAAAUAAUUACGCUUUUUCGUUUCGCUAUUGAUUUUUGAUCAUUUCAAACGACACACACAAUCACACAAACACAACGGCCAAUUGCCCAUGUUUACACACCACUCGCACACCAAUACAUCACUCACAUACAGGAAAGGAUACGGUAAAAGGGGCUUAUCCGGGGUAAGGGAGAGGCAAGGGAAGGGAAGGGAAGGGGAGAGAGAUUCACUCACGCGUUGCGGCAGUGCCGUGGGGCGCCUAACAGUCUGCCAAUUAUUCAGAAUUUAUGUACAUUUCUUAAGCUACAUAACAUUAUGAUUAUGACUAUUUGUAAUUCAAGUUGUUAAAGGGUAUUAAGGUCCUAUUGCAAAAUGGUCGUUCAACAGAAAUCUCGU